AUGUACUUUUCCCUCAGUAACUUGUCACUUGUUGAUGUCUGUUCUUCUUCUGUCAUUGCCCCUAAUAUGCUGGUGAAUUUCUGGGUGGAGAACCCAGUCAUUUCCUUCAAUGAAUGUGCCGCUCAAUUCUUCUUCUUUGGCUCCUUUGCUGGCAUUGAGGGUUUUCUGUUCUCUGUGAUGGCCUAUGACCAUUACGUGGCCAUCUGCAAGCCUCUCCUGUACACAGUCUUGAUGUCCCCCCACCUCAGUGCCCUCCUAGUGUUGGCUACUUAUCUUGCAGGCUUUUUAAAUGCUGCCAUUCACACUGGCUUCACCUUCCAGCUGUCCUUCUGCCACUCAAAUGUCAUCAACCACUUUUUCUGUGACAUUCCACCCCUCCUGAAACUCUCUUGUUCUGACAUACACGUCAAUGAGGUUGUCAUUUUUGCUUUUGCCAGUUUUAAUGAACUGAGCUGCCUCCUGAUGAUUCUGGUUUCCUACCUCUACAUCCUUGCUGCCAUCUUGAGGAUUCAUUCUGCAGAUGAGAGGCACAAAGCCUUCUCCACCUGUGCUUCCCACUUGAUGACUGUCACCAUCUUUGGGACAAUCUUGUUUGUGUAUCUGCAUCCCAGCUCCAGCUACUCAAUGGAUGAAGACAAAGUGGUGUCUAUGUUUUACACGGUGGUCAUCCCCAUGCUAAAUCCUCUCAUCUAUAGUCUGAGAAACAAGGAGGUCAAACCUUCCUUAAGCAGAAUUUUUCAAACAUCCUCUUUUUACUUCUCUACUUAG